AUGACCGGCUCCUGCUGUGGAUCCUUCUCCUCCCAGAGCUGUGGAGGUUGCUGCCAGCCCUGCUGCUGCAGGGACCCCUGCUGCUGCCGCCCAGUGUCCUGCCAGACCACUGUGUGUCGCCCUGUGACCUGUGUGCCCCACUACACUAGGCCCAUCUGUGAGCCCUGCCGCCGCCCCAUCUGCUGUGACCCCUGCAGCCUGCAGCAGGGCUGCUGUCGCCCCAUCACCUGCUGCCCCAGCUCUUGCACAGCUGUGGUCUGCAGGCCCUGCUGCUGGGCCUCCACCUGCUGCCAGCCCAUCUCAGUGCAGGCUCCCUGCUGCAGGCCCCCCUGCUGCCAGCCUGCUCCCUGUCGCACCACCUGCAGGACCUCCCCCUGCAACACCUGCUGCUAA